CUGCUGCUCCUCCUCUGCCUCGUGUGGUCACUUUGUCUCUGUGUCUCUCUGUCUGUCCCUCUGUCUCUGUAGUUAAAAAUGCUGAGUCAUGCUCACGUCAGUCAGACAUUGAAAAUCAGCGGUUUGUUUAGAAACACACGUGCAGUCACGUGACUGAAGCCCGCGCUGACGUGUCGCCACCUGGUGUCCAGAGUGAGAACAACAGACAAAUCUUUCUCACGUUCUCACGUGAAAUGAUGGAUCACGUGACCACGUCACGACGUGCUGUUGCCAUGGAGACGGAACACCAACACAAACUGAGUGUGUGUGUUGACGAGAAGCGUCCGCGGUCCCAGGAGUGUUUUCUUCUUCUUCUUUCACAGUGACAAAGAUGCCAAGGAAGGUGAAGAGAGGAGGAGUAGGAGGAGGAGGAGCAAGGGGAGGAGGAGGAGCUAAGACGGAGGAGGAGAAACUUGUGUUCCUGCAGCAGAAAGUUCAGGCCGAGGAGGAAAUGGUCAAGAAGAAAGAGGAAAUACUCACUCUGUUCCUGAAGGAUAAGCUACAGAAGGAGCAGAGGAACAGCGGCGUGAACCUGCUGAAGCUGGACGAAGGCUGGCGGUCGAUUCUGCGUCAAACUCGAGCGGCUGAACUUCGUAAAGACGUGGACGUCCUCAGACAGACGUUUGACAGACAGCUGGACGGACUAGAUGAUGUCAUCAAGAGUCUGGGGCGGGACCUGCAGGAGGCGGAGCUUCAGUCGGCUCAGGUGAGGCGGCUUCACCUGCAGCAUGUGGAGCGUGUGAGGACGGUGCAGGACAGACAUGUGACGGAGCUGCAGCAGCAGUGGGACAACAACCUGCAACACCUGAGCUCCACCUUCAACAAAGACAGGCAGCAGAUGCUGAGUCACUGUGAGCGACAGCGAGCUCAGCUGGACGACGCAGAGUUCACUCUGGAGCAGCAACACAAGAAACUGAUGAAUGACAUCGUCAGAGUUUACAGUGACAGCAUGGCGGCGUAUGAGAGCGCCCACCACGACCAGAUGGCAGCUCUGGUUCUGGAGGGAAAGUCCACUCAGACGGAGAAAACCCAGAAGAACCAGCAGGUUCUGGUUCUUCUCUGUGAAGAAACUAAACUACUGGACCAAACGAUCGCGGACAAGCUACGACUUCAACAGAAGAAGAAAGUGGUGAAAAAAGUGCAGGUGGUUGCAGAGGUCAUGACCUUGUCUCAGCAGCAGCUGAAGGAAACGUCCAGCCAGACAGAACGAGACGAGACGGACGUCGUGGACGACGUGAAGCAGAAAACGCGAGAACUUCGCGGUCAGCUGACCCGCGGUCGCUCCGCGGCAAAGAAGCGACUCGUCGAUCUCAGCGUGCAGAGCGACGCUGCCACCCAGAGGCUGCAGGCGGCGGUCGUCAAGGGCGAGAGAGUUUUACGUGUCGCUGAAAUGUGUCGGAAGCUGGAGAACGCCAUCACGCCAUGGUCCAAUCACAGAGCAGAGACAGAGGAGGAGGGAGGAGCUAAGGACACGUUUCCAGAGUUGCGGCGGGCGACGCGCCACGUGACCGCGGCUCUGCUGCAGCGAGACGCAGCGAGGACAGAGCGAGAGCGUCUCCGCAGGGACAACGUCCAGCUGAGGACGCUGCUGCGUCAGCACCUGGACGCCAUGACGCUCAGCGACCACGCCCCCCUCACAGUAAACCACGCCCCCACCACCACCACCACCAUGGCCCCGCUGGACAGACGUCCAACUGUGGUGGAGGCGGGACACGUCGUCAGGGAGACGCUGUGACGGACACGAUGAGCAGUGACUCAGCAGCAGGGGGCGCUCACAGCACAGUCAGUGAUUAUUCAUUUCAUAAAGUUCACAAUUUCUCUUUCAA